GAAAACAGCUCGAAGACGGCCGCCUCCUCUCCGACUACAACGUACAAAAAGAUUCCACCCUCCAUCUAGUACUCCAUUUGAGGGGGCUACCCCCACCCGAGGCUGAACUCAAAGUCAUCUCCAGGAUCCCCUUCGUAAAGCAGACUCUCCAGAAAGAGCUCCAAAUCAGAGUCCACUCUAGUCUGUCUGGAAAGAUUGGAUGCCACUUGGGGUCGCGCCCCCCGGCCCUAAAAUCGGAAUCAAGCUCUUGUGACAAUACAAAAAGCCGUCCCAUCGGGGUAGUUAGUCUGAAUGCCAAACUCGAACGUCAAAGAAUCUCUCUGUUUUUCGAUCCGAUGAAAAGCGCCAGCCAGGCGAAACUUCAAAUGCUCCUCAUGUAUGAGGAGACGGUCAUCCAGAUAAGAGAACCCGCAAAGAUUGAGGAACCAAACGGCCGUCUUGUGUUUCGUGAACACAUAGGGGUAGUCGAGCCCGCUCAUGGUCCUGGAUAG